GCACUGUAAAUAGAAGUGCUGGAAACGCUCCGGGUCGGCUUUGAUGUGCGCAGCAGCAGCUGAAUCGUUCGCGGCUUAGGUUCUCCGAACGACACUCCUCGCGUCGAGAUCAGGUCGGCUUGCUGAGACGCGAAAAUGGCCAAUGCUCCGGUAACAAAUCCGACAAUCCCGUAUGUGGGAGAGGUAGAGGGAGGCCUGAGAGCAGGUACGAUGCUGAAGAUACAGGGUAAAGUGCCUCCCGAUGCUGUUAGAUUCGCCGUCAAUUAUCAGCUCGGGCCGACGUUGAAUCCAAGGGACGACAUAGCCAUUCACGUGUCCCCGCGCUUUCCCGAAGGCAUCAUCACCCGAAAUCAUAUAGAAUCGAUGAGCUGGGGCAUGGAGGAGAACGCUGGCCCACUGUGGAUCCAGCCGGGCCAAGAGUUUGAGAUGUUGAUCCUGUGCGAUUACCACUGCUUCAAGAUAGCCAUAAACGGCAAGCACUUUACUGAGUUCGCUCAUCGUUUGCCGUUCAUAAAAGUUACUCACUUGGUGAUCGACGGUGAUGUGGAGAUACACUCGAUCUCUUAUGAACAGAUACAACUGGAUUCGUCGAAGUCUCCUGCUGCAGCACCGGAUGUACCGGCUGCUAACUUCGGGCCGCCACCACCAGGUGGAUUGUACCCGACAUUAGGACCUCAAGGUGGAUAUGGUCUUCCCCCCGCCGGUCCCCCGCCCAGUGCCUACGGCGGUCCUGAUGGCUAUAAUCCGCCGAGAUCUUACGGAUACCAGCCUGGUUACGAGAAACCAGAGGAGGAAGAUGCUUUCGGAGGCUGCUUGAACAAAGUUGGAUUAGCGUUGGGGGGAUUAGUGGCAGCCGGAGGAGUGGCCGCAGCUAUGCACGCGAUGAAUAAGAAGAAGGAGGAGGGGACUGAUGAAAAGGACCAUGAGAAAUCGGACGCCUCCAAGUCGGAGAGCGAGGGCGGCUUGGGAAAUCUGGGCUCUCUUGGGUUAGCCCUGGCUAGCAGCCUGGCAAGCAACGCCAUGCACAGCAACACGCACACACAGCAAGGCUAUCCCGCUCAAGAGUCCGGUGGCGGAGGUGUAUUGGGAUCUAUUCUCGGGGCAUUGGGUGGUACCGGAGGCGGUGGAGCACCUCAACCGCCGGCGUAUGCUCCCAACCAGCCACCCGGUGGCGACAGCCUGGGAGGAACGAUCGGAUCUAUACUCGGCGGUGUUCUCGGCGGCGGCGGUGGUCAUCAGCAACAACCAGCGUAUCAACCUUCGGGAGGAUACGGUGGUUACCCAUCAUCCGGUGGAUACGGUGGCCAAGGUUCAGGCGGACAGAAUCUCAUAUCGGACAUCGGAUCCGCGAUCGGUUCCUCCUUGUUCAGCUCGGCCUUGGAUGGUCUGAACAAACGUGGAAAAGAGAAAUCUCACGACGAAUAUCGUCCCGGGCCGCCGCCUCCGAGUUACGAACCGCCAAAACCAGCGGCCCCGAGCACCCCGGCAUCUUCCGGCGGGCAUAAGUUAACCGCGGACGAGAUCUCGAAGGGACUCGGACUGGAGGAUUAAACGAACACCGAGAACGCGGAUCCCGCAAGUACACGCCGAGCGACGAUACUAUGCUCUCUAGUUGUUUCGGAGCGAAGCCCACAUUAAAAAUCACGUUUAUCAGAAA